AUGUUUUCCCAAAGUAAGAAUGUUAGUGGAGGAAGUAGGACAAACAAUAAUGUUACGCCUUUGACGGAUAAAUAUACAAGUGGAACGGGAAGUACUGAUAAUGAUUAUCCUCUUAAGGUUUAUGUAACGACUUUGCAAAAUAGGAAUGAAGGAAAGGGAAAUAAUGCAACUUGGCGGUGCAACUAUUGCAAUGUAACCUGUAAAGGUUCUUAUUUUAGAAUAAGAAAUCAUUUAUUGAAAGAAAAGGGAAAUGGAAUAAUUUGUUGUUCGAAAGUGACCAAUGAAUAUUUGACUGAGAUGAAAGAACUUGAUAUGAUUGCUACUGACAAAGCAAGACAGGCAAAGCUCGUACAAGCUCCUUUUUCGAAUGGAACUACAAGUUUGAAUCCGCCUAUUGAUAUGAGUAAGAAAAGAAGAGGAAGAGAUGGACCUUUAGCAAAGGCAUUUAAUAAUGAGGCUAGAGAUCAUCUAUCAUCUGAAAUAGCUAGACUAUUUUAUUCUGCUGGUUUGCCAUUCAAUGUAGCUAGAAAUAUGUACUUUAUCAGUGCAUUCACUUAUGCAGCAAACAGUUCUAUAUCUAGCUACCUUCCUCCAAGUUAUAAUUCCAUAAGGACUACAAUGUUGCAAAGAGAGAAAGCCAACAUAUUAAAACUACUCCAACCAAUUAAAGAUAAUUGGCCCGAAAAAGGUGUGAGCAUAGUUACAGAUGAGGUUGGAGCAGAAAAUGUUGUUCAAAUCAUUACUGAUAAUGCCCCUAUUUACAAGGUUGCUGGUUCAAUUGUCAAAGGAACAUAUCCUCAUAUAUUUUGGACACCGUGUGUAGUGCACACGUUGAAUCUAGCUUUAAAAAGUAUAUGUGCACCAAAAAAUACACCAAGUAACGAAGUUGUUUAUCUCGAGUGUAAAUGGAUAUCUGAUAUUGCUGAAGAUGGUUUUUAUAUUAAAAAAUUUAUUAUGAAUCACUCCAUGAGAUUUGCUAUGUUCAAAGAAUUUAUGCAUUUGAUGUUUCUUUCUAUUUCUAAAACAAGAUUUGCAUCAGUUAUUGUUAUGCUUAAGAGGUUGAAAACCAUUAAGAAUGGUCUCUUAACUUUGGUAAUUAGUGAACAAUGGUCUGAAUAUAGAGAAGAUGAUGUUCAAAAGGCGGCCUUUGUGAAAGAAACAAUUUUAAAUGAUCAAUGA